UUUGUGUGUGUGUUGUCGGGGCCUCCGGCUGCAUAGUCCACAUUUCCCAGGCGCAUCAUCAGAGCUGACGUGGGCUCUACGUGUGCAGUGAGUCGGGCUUCCUCUGCACCCGUAACGAGUGACGAGACUCUACGUAAAACUCGGGCCGAUCUCCAUGGAAACUGCAACCGUAGCGCAACAGGAAGCCAAUGCAACUGAGAAAGUAACAAGUGAGGUCAGUGAGGGUGUGUCUGUGGCGUCAUUACCUGAUGGACAGACACUACAGGUGCAGGAAGUCAUUCAGACCACACAGCCCUCUGUUAUCCAGUCGCCUCAGAUACAAACUGUGCAGGUAGCUGUUGAUACUGGUGGAUCAGGUUCAAACCCAUCAGAUCCUCAGAAGAGAAGGGAGAUUCUGUCCAGACGACCGUCUUACAGGAAGAUUUUUAAUGAGUUGUCAUCAGAUGUACGUGCUGUGCCAAAGAUAGAGGAAGAGGAGAAAGUGGAGGAAGAAACCCUGGCCACCUCCAGUGUUGCUACGGUGAUAGCACCAUCUUCAAUCUACCAGACCAGCUCCGGGCAAUACUUUGCAAUCACUCAGGGUGGAGCGAUACAGCUGGCCGGCCCUGGAGGAGAGGCCCUGCAGGGGGUUCAGGCUCUGACUCUUCCCAGCUCCACCGCACCGCAGUCUGGGGCCACUAUCCUGCAGUACGGCUCCCAGCCUGGAGACCCCAGCCAGCAGCUACUGCUGACCUCUGGACAGGUGCUCGUUCAGGCUGCCACAGGAGACAUGCCAGCAUAUCAGAUCCGCUCCCCGUCGUCAGGGUUACAACCAGGCAUUGUUAUGGCAUCAUCACCAGGGGCAAUGCAUAUCCCACAGCAGAACGCAGAGGAGGCCACACGCAAGAGAGAAGUCCGCCUCAUGAAGAACAGGGAGGCGGCACGCGAGUGUCGCAAAAAGAAAAAAGAAUACGUGAAGUGCUUGGAGAAUCGUGUCGCUGUGCUGGAAAACCAGAACAAGACUCUCAUAGAGGAGCUUAAAGCUCUCAAAGACAUCUACUGCCACAAACAAGAAUAACCCUCACAAACACUGCGCAAGGACUGUGUGAUUUACACACUACCUGUCUCUUCUCUUCUUCUGUUGCAUCGCCUGGAUUUGAGCGUUUUUGUUCAUUUGUUUGGCCAAAUGUUUUUUAUAAGAAGUUGCUAAUGUUGCUUUGAGGAUGCUCCUCUCUCUCUCUCACACACACACACACACACAAACACACACACACACACACACACACACACACACACACACACACACACACACAAAGUAUUUCAGUUGUUUCUCUGUGUUAAAAGAAAUGGAACUCUUCAUUGAUUAUGUGGAAAAAUGUUUUUUCCUUUUUUUAGGUUGAAAUCAGAACAAGCAAAGUAAAUGGAAUAAGCAGCCAUGUAACACACUGCACACAUAAGCAGCAUGUUUAGCAUUUUUGGCACUAAGCUAAUUUUUGAUAUGCACAUAAUUUAGCAGUAAAUAUGGGGAAAAUACACUUUCUAUUCAGUAAAUCUGACUGAAUCCAGGCAAAUUAAACCAUUUAUAGCUACACAUUACAUUUUAGAUGUAAAUUGGGGCCUUUUCUUCAUGUAUAUUAUAUUUCAAUCAGGUUUGUACAUUUUAAUAUGAAUUUUAUAGUUUGUGGCUAAUAAAGAAAAUACUUAAAUGAAGUACCCCAGAAAUCACUAUAUUUUUAGUAUCGAGUCACAACUUCAAUUAAAGCUGUUUAUGUGUGCAGUGUGAAAUGCAGAAUUGUUAAAACACAACAUUUUCCAUUGAUUUUUUUUAUGUAGGUGAAAUUAUGUGCAUUAGAUUGAACUGUUUGUAACAACCUAACAGUGACCUAAAACUUCACCAAGAAACGGGACAUAAUGUUGACGAUUACAUAAUGUUGAUGUAAGGGAUAGUUCACCUAAAAAUGUACACUUUGUAUGCUAUUUGCAUUUCUUUCUUCUGUGGUGCACAAAAGAUUUUAAAAAGUGUCUCGUUGUUUUUUUGACCAUACAGUGCAAGACAGUGGAGGGCAGUGUUGUUUUGGUCCUCACUGUCUUAUAUUGUGAAGACAAAACCAGUUUUUCAAAAUAUCUUUUGUAUUCUACAUGAGGGUGAGUAAAUGAUGAGAAUGUUAAUUUUUGGGUGAACUGUCCCUUUAAGACUACUCCUAACUCCCUUUAUUAUUAUUACAGAUUUAUUCAUUUAGUACUCUUUUAUUCAAUCUGUAAACUAAGCACACCUCUGUUAAUUGCCUCAAUUGGCUGUAAAAUGAAGUUUUCAACAUUAAUAUUUUGUUAAAAUAUGUUUUAUAUCAAUAUUCAGAGACAAACUAUAAAUAAGCCAUUUGAGGGUUGAUUGCUCUGUUUGUUUGAGAAUCCCAAUAUAGCAACACUGCCUCAACCAAUGGAGUUAUUUUGAGGCGGAGCUAUCUGUUAGUUGAUGGGGGAGUGCUCUGGAAACCUGUUUGAAAAGGUUUUUUUUUUUUUGCAAAUCCAUUUUUGGAAGCUAGAGGCAGAGCAAUUACUUUUGAGCUUUAAUGUUUUGUUUAUUUGUGCUCUAAUUCAUAUAAGAUGAGGAACAGUACAUUACUUUUGCAUGAACAAAGGAAAAUGUUGUAACAUGAUAAACUGUGAACAUGUUACUUAGGUGAAUGUCACAAAUGUUGCUUUUGAUGUAAUGCAUAUUAUUUUAAAUCUCCGCAAUUUGUCUUUGUUUAUAAUAGUAGAAGAAAAUUAUGAAAGAAAGGAGGCUUUUGUGAGUAAUUAGAGUGCAGAUAUGCUAAAUUAGACAAGUGGCAUUAACUGAACAGAAUUCCUCAUAUUUCAGCUGUUUAGAUGCCGGUGUGCAUUUGUGACUUCUGUUUCUCAGACUGUGCUUGUCAUCAUGGCUUUAUCUACACUUACAACCAAUCGGCUUUAUGUUUCAGUGAUGAUGUACUAUUCUGUGUAGUCUGGGCAGAAAAUGGAUUUGGUUUAAUAUUUAAAGAGCUUAUGGUUUCAAUUAAUUUCUAUUAGAUUGAAGUUAAUAUAACAGCCCUGCCCUUCUUUAACACUGUACAGAGUGCUGACAUCUAUUUUUAAUAAAAUAUUUUUGUAAAUGUA